ACCAAUCACCUUUGAGAAAAAUAAACCAAUCAUGAAUGUAGGCGCGAACUUAUAAAUCGCCGGUAGCAUUACUUUCAUCAUUUUCCAUCUCUUUUCCUAAGGUGUAGACUUAAGGUUUGUUAUCGAUGGCUCGUACCAAGCAAACAGCGCGUAAAUCUACUGGAGGUAAAGCACCUCGCAAACAGCUUGCAACCAAGGCUGCAAGGAAGAGUGCCCCAGCAACCGGUGGCGUGAAAAAACCGCAUCGUUACAGGCCCGGAACUGUCGCUCUUCGUGAAAUUCGUCGGUACCAGAAGUCCACAGAGCUGCUGAUUCGCAAGUUGCCUUUCCAGCGUCUUGUGCGCGAGAUUGCUCAAGAUUUCAAGACGGACCUUCGCUUUCAGAGUUCAGCAGUGAUGGCCCUUCAGGAGGCUAGCGAAGCGUACCUUGUUGGUCUUUUUGAAGACACCAACUUGUGCGCCAUCCACGCCAAGCGUGUCACCAUCAUGCCGAAAGACAUUCAGCUCGCCCGCCGAAUUCGCGGAGAACGCGCGUAAACCGACGCGUCAAGAAAACAAAAACGGCUCUUUUAAGAGCC